AUGAAAGGAUUUUGUGUGUUUGGCAUCGCCAUCGCCUCUCUUGUUGCGCAAGGAGCUGCCGCGCCAAAUCCGCAGCAACAACAAAGCACGGCUGCUAUCCCUUGCAGAUGGAUCGUCACUCUCAAGUUAGGUAUCGACAAAAGCGACGUAAAGCAGCAUCUCGAUUGGAUCCAUGAUACUCACAGACGAAGCUUAUCCCGUCGUCAGACCACUGGAAUCGAAAGGACAUUCGGAAUCGGGAAUUUUCAUGGCUACACUGGCGAGUUUGAUCAGCAGCUGUUGGCCGAGAUUGAAGCCAAAGAUGAGGUGCGUGUUCCUGGACGUGACGAGAUUCUUGACGAUGUCCCGGUCAUUGCAAUCGAGCCAGAUCAUGAAGCUGCAUUGACAGCGCUCACCGAGGUUAGCGACCAGCCCUGGGGCCUAGCCAGCCUCUCGUCGCGAUCAAAACUUAUCAGCGCCGACGUGGAUCACCAAAGCUACGUCUACGACACGAGUGCGGGAACAGGCACAUUUGCCUAUGUUCUAGAUACCGGGAUUCGCAUCUCCCAUCCCGACUUCCAGGGGCGCGCGAUCAAGGGCACCAACGUCUUUCCCGAAGUUGCCCACGACGAUGAUUUUGGGCACGGUACGCACGUGGCUGGCAUCAUUGGAUCCUUACGGUUCGGUGUCGCAAAGAAUGCGACUAUUGUCGACGUGAAGACGACCAGGGUUGCUUAUAGCACGACGGCCAAGAUUAUCGAGGCGUUGGAGUGGUCUGUACAGAAUAUCACCGACACGCCUGGGAGGGUUGGCAAGUCCGUCAUCAGCAUCAGCCUAGCGACCGCUACAUCCACGGCUUUGAAUGACGCCGUAGACGCAGCUACAAGCUUAGGCGUCUUCGUUGUCGUCGGUGCUGGGAACGACGGAAAGGAUGCGUCCACGAGAUCGCCGGCUAGUGCGCCGACUGCCUUCACCGUUGGCGCGAUUGACAUUAACAGCACCAGAGCUACGUGGUCCAACUAUGGGCCUUCUGUGGAUGUCUUUGCCGCCGGUGUGGAUGUGAGAUCGACUUCGUUGUACCAAGAUGGGACUGAGCUUCUGUCGGGAACGUCAAUGUCAACACCACACAUUUCCGGGUUGGCGUUGUACUUGAAGGGAUUGGAGGGCUCUGCUGUGGAUGCACCUGCGGCGAUUGGAGCUCGCAUCAAGGAACUUGCUACCAAGGAUGUUGUCACCGAUGCUGGAGUUGGAAGCCCCAAUCUUGUUGCAUACAAUGGGAAUGGUCGACGAUGA